AUGCCUUCAAUCACUCUCCAUCCGCGCGCAGCGCAAGCUGCCUCGCAGAAACCCUUCUACAACCCCCUCCCUCAGCUUCUGCAGACACCCUCCGGUCUUGCGAUCCUGGAACUUCAAGGAACAAUCAAUAUCCCCUCUCCUGAUGAGAAUCAGGAUCAGGAUAUGGACGAAGGAAGGGAUACAGGCCUCUCCCAAGGUGCUGAGGCCUCUGUCGUCGAGACACCGAUUGGGAAGCUCACGUUUCCCGGAUACUCGCCCCAAAACCCCGCAGACGAUACGAAGUGGAUGAAGCGUGUCUAUCUCUACGUUGGAAAAUACCAACGCAUGACGGGAGAAGUGAAAAAGCUACCGAAGCCAUUGGCGGUGGUUCAGCGAAGGCAGAGGACGGAUGCUCGAGAUGGAAAUACUGGUGUGACUGAAGGCGAAGACGAACUCGAGAUCGUUGAGAUUGUGAAGUAUAAGAUUCUUUUUGGAUCACGUCCAGAGCCUCUAGUCAAUGAGUGA